AUGGCUCCCGUAUUCACUAACUCACAAGGUAACCCAGUCCCCGAACCUUUUGCCACUCAAAGAAUUGGUAAACACGGUCCUUUGUUGUUACAAGAUGUCAACUUGAUUGACAACUUGGCCCACUUUGACAGAGAGAGAAUCCCAGAAAGAGUUGUCCACGCCAAAGGUUCCGGUGCUUACGGUAUGUUUGAAGUUACUGAUGAUAUUACUGAUGUUUGUUCUGCUAAAUUCUUGGAUACUGUUGGUAAAAAGACCAAGAUUUUUUCUAGAUUCUCACAAGUUACUGGAGAACAAGGGUAUUCUGAUACUGUAACAGAUGCACGAGGGUUCUCCACUAAAUUAUACACUGAAGAAGGUAUCUUAGAUUUGUUCCCACACUUUAUCCACACCCAAAAGAGAAACCCAGAAACUCACUUGAAAGAUGCCAACAUGUUCUGGGACUACUUGACUUCAAAUCCUGGAUCAGUCCACCAAGUUUGCUUCUUGUUCAGUGACAGAGGUACUCCAGCUUCGUACAGAAACAUGCACGGUUUCUCUGGUCACACUUACAAAUGGGCCAACUCCAAGGGUGAAUGGCACUGUAUCCAAACCAUGACUGAAGAACAAGCCAAGAAAUCUCCAUUCUCCGUCUUUGACUUGACCAAGGUCUGGCCGCACAAGGACUACCCAUUGAGAAGAUUUGGUAAAUUCACCUUGAACGAAAACCCAAAGAACUACUUUGCUGAAGUUGAACAAGCUGCUUUCUCACCAGCCAACACUGUUCCAUCAAUGCAACCAUCAGCUGAUCCAGUCUUGCAAUCAAGAUUGUUCUCAUACGCUGAUACUCAAAGACACAGAUUGGGUACCAACUAUGUCCAAAUCCCAGUCAACUCACCAUUGCACGGUACUGUUUAUGCUCCAAAUGUUAGAGAUGGUGCUAUGACCGUUAACGGUAACCUUGGUGCCACUCCAAAUUACUUGGCUUCAGACAUUCCAGUUGAAUUCAAACAAGCAUCAUUGCAAGAAGAUCAAGAAGCCUGGGAAGGUGCUGCUACUCCAUUCCACUGGAAAGCUACUCCAUACGAAUGGGAAUAA